AUGGCGCAAAACUCUCAAAAUCAGUCCAAGCCCAAAUGGGGGGUGGCAGGUGUCGAAUCUCGAUUGGAUCAUAUUCUGCUCGACGAGGAGGAGAGGCAGAAGAACGCAGCAGCAAAUGCGAAGCCUCAAGAGAUUGAAAUUAAGAAUACACCCAUUACAAGAUCUCCAGCUGGAUCGAUCUCACGAAGCUCCUCAAAUGCGCGGAGAACCGAUCGGCUCCAGGAGCGCCUCGCGCGUGCUAUGGUCAAGAACAAUCAAAAUUCGCAAUCCUCACCGAGUCCCUCGUCACCAGCUGCUAGCCCGAGGCCGAGCACCGAUAUGCGGCGAAGUAUGGAUAUCGAUUCCACCCUUGCAUCUUCCGCGGAAGUGAGCGAGGAUCUUAAGAGUCCUUUUCAGGUUGAAGAGGAAACGGUUUCAGAGACCAUCGCGCCGAGGCUCAGCCAUGAUAUGGAAGCAUCAAUACGGAACUCAAUCGAUACCGGUGCGCCAGAAUCACUACCGCGGGGUUCGAGUGAAGUGGAGGAUCUGUCUGCAAGCCUGGAAAAGACUAUUGAGCGCGUCGAAUUGGAAAUUAUUGAGGAGCCUAGCAACGAUGUAUCAGUUGACAGUCCGCGCCAAAGUGCUGAACUACCGGAAGAGGCCGCGUCUGAUAUUGACAAGACCUCCGAGUCUCAACGACAAGAUGAGAUCCACGAAUACAUUGAGCGCAUCGAUGCACUGCAGUCGAAACUUAAAUACCUCGCCAAGGAAGCCGCCGAAUCGGCGAAGAAUGACGCGGCUAGUGCUUCGCCGGGUAGCGCUAAGAAACAACUCCUAGAAAAAGACGAAAGGAUAGCGCUGCUCCUCGAGGAAGGUCAGAAGCUUUCUAAGUCGGAGAUGGAUCAUCGUACUGCUAUUAAGAAGCUACGACAACAGCUCGCUGAUAACACUAAAGCACAACUGGACAUGAAGAAAAAGACCGAGAAGAUGGAACGAGAAUUGGCCAAUACAGAAUCCAGAGCCAAGCGCGCUGAGACCGCUGAAAAGCGAGCAACUGACUCUUUGUCGUCACAUACAAAAACAACCAAAGAGUUCGAUGCGGUAUUGAAUGAGCGGAACGCACUUAACCACACUGUGUCCGAAAUGAAGGCACAGUUAAGUCGAGCUCUUGAGCGCGCAGAGGCUGCAGAGGCUAAGGCUCAUUCAGAUGCGUUAGACCAAGAGAAGCGCAAAGCGAAUGACCUUGAGGAGGAGUUAGCAACUAUCAAGAUCGAGCGCGAUAUCAGUGAGGAGAAGGCGAAGAAGGAGAUUGCCGAAUUAAAGGAGAAGAUCGACCAGGAGAAAGAACGUGCUCGUAUGCUCGAGGCCGAGUUGAAGGGCGAACAGUCAGUUCUGGAGAGUAAGAUGGAAAGCCUUCGGACACGAGCAGAAGAAGCCUCGUCGGGAGCGACGGGAGACACACAGGCCAAAAUCUUGCGCCAGAUCGAAACUUUGCAGACUCAGUACUCGGCUGCUAGCGAGAACUGGCACAGUCUGGAAGGCUCCUUGCUUUCUCGAUUGGCCAAUGUCGAAAGGGAGCGAGACGAUUUAAGUAAAAAGGAAGGAGACUUGCGGAAGAAGAUUCGAGAAUUGAACCUAAAAUCCAAGAAGUUGGAAGAGGAUGUGGAAUCCGCGAAAGAGGCGGAGCAAGAGAAAGACCUUAGCCUCGAAGAACACUUGCAGGACAUGCAGAAGAUGCAGCAGAAACUUGACAAGGCAUUGGACGACCUGAGUGCCACCCAGAAAGACCUCAUGGAACAAAAGAAGACAUUGGAUGCGUCGUGGACUCAAAAGAUGGAAGAAGAACGAGGCAAAUGGCGGGAGCAAGUGAUCAGUCUCCAACAUCCUCGUGGAGUCUCUCCUGUUCAAUCUCUACGACGGUCUAGCAAUCUUGACGCCAUCCCAUCCGGUCUGUCAGACCAUCGUUCAUCCAGUCGACGAUCUUCCACUAUGCCCUCCGCUUCGCCGGAUAUUGGCACUCCGCCGCGACAGAAUUCCUAUCCCGCAUCCAUUAAUCAUGGAACCCUGUCACCUCCCCCGAUCAACACCACCACAAUUCUGGAGACUCCAUCAAUCACCUUUGAACCUGAUGAGUUUUUUUCGCCUGCCACGCCUGCCACCCCAUCCAUGUAUGGUGGCACCCAGGCACCUCCAUCCCGCGGUAUCAACGAUAUCAUCUCGGAGUCGACUGUAGGCGCAGGUCCAUCUGUACAGCUCGUUGAGCGCAUGAGUGCUACCGUGCGUCGUCUGGAAAGCGAGCGCGCGGGCUCCAAGGACGAACUUGUGCGCGUCACUACCCAGCGUGAUGAGGCUAGACAACAAGUCGUGGACUUGAUGCGAGAGCUCGAAGGAAAGAAAGACUCCGAUGUUCGCGUGGAAGAGUUGGAUGCUAAGCUUACCGAGCUGGAUCAGCGUUACCUGACUACUCUUGAGAUGCUGGGUGAAAAGAGCGAACAGGUUGAAGAGCUUCAAGCUGAUAUUGCUGAUUUGAAGAAGAUCUACCGAGAGUUGGUGGAUAGCACAAUGAAAUGA